AUGGCGUUCUCAAGCAUGUUUUUUUGCCAAAAAGGAUUUACAAUGAAAGUCACCAGCAUUGAGAACUGUGCUGGAUCCGAUGGCGUCAUUUCGGUAUCGGACAACGCCGCCAUCACCAUGCAGGAUGACUGUUCGCUCCAAGUCGAAGGAUGCCUUAAGAUGAAAGCUUUCACCACGGCAGCCGGCACCGUCAAGGUGUCCAAGAACGGAACACAAAUGUUCCAAAAAUCAAUCAACUUGUGUCGUAAAGGCUCCAAGCUUCCAUUCCUCAGUGAAUUCCUGCAAGGGGAUGUUUGCCCUCAGAGUGAGAACGAAAGAUGUGUCGAUCCUGGUAAGAAUAUCUCACUAGAACGCUUCAAGAAGAUGAUGUUCCUUCUCAAGGGUUCUAUGGCGGUUGAACUUAACUUGGAUCACGAUACGGGUAAAAGCUGCGUGAAAAUUGAGUUCGAAAUAACCAAAUGA